UGGUUUCGGCGGAGGGGAAUUUGACAGUCAGGGCGCUGCCUUCCAAGGAGGAUAUGAUGCGGGAUUCGGUGGUGGUCAAUAUAGCUCAUCAUCAUUUGAAUCAUCAUCUUAUGGUGGUGGAUUCGAUAUGAGUUGA